UUUGUUGUUUUACCGUUGGUCCUCAGCAAUACAAACUUUUACAUUAAAGUAAAAUCCUGAAUUCUGACGAAAUACAAUUGGUUACUAAUCAAACAGGAGGACUGAAUGCCAUUCAUACUAUUUACCUCUAACGUUCACAUUUUUUGACAAUUGAAACUGUUCAGCUCAUUCAUAAUUCAAAUGUUUUACAAAAUUUCAAAAUGUAUAUUUUUUGGGGAAAAUAUUUCCUUCUAAUUUCCACACUUCUGGACUGUUCAGCUCAUUCCAUAUCAUUUAAUAUAAUUCAAAAUCAACCAAUAACAUUUCACAUCAUUCCACAUUCCAUAUGGUUUCAUUCAGAAUUUCAGCAUUCAUACGCAAUUCUCCACAAAUUCCACAGUCUAGUUAUUGUUUUAAUCCAUUUUAUUUUGUGUUCUGUCAUUCAUGUCUCAUAUCUGUCAAAUGUAUGUACAUGUAUUACAAAAUUCGAUAAUAAGACAUGGAAAAAAACAGCAGCUGUAACUUUCGGAAGGAUUUGAUGUCAUUUUUAUGAUUCCAGAGAAUGACCUCAAAUUGUAAUCCCGUCUGGUAUCGCCGCUGCUUUCCGACAGAUGGCACUGUGAGCUCCUAUAUGGAAAGUGGUGCUCACUGCAGAAGAAACAAAGAAGAGUACGAAGUGACGAAGAAGAAGCCGGAGCUCUUCGACAACAAAAAACAUGUCGAUCGUUUUUGUGCCUCAGAAACUUCGCGGCGAUGCCAAAAUCAACCAGGAAACCAUACAGAGGAUAUCAACAAUUCCUGCACCGUAACAUCGUGUACCUGGCAACCCUGGCCGACGCUAGCCCCGUGGACAACGCACCUUCAUCCUCCUCAUCAUCCUCAUCGUGACCAAAACUCAGCCUCCAUGCAGCGCAGCAGCAAAAUCAGUAAAGGAAGUUGAUAGACGGACCAUACCUCCUAUUAUUGUAAUUUUUAAUAAUAAUGUAUUAUUUUUGUCCUUAAACACCGUUCUGCCUCAGUGGAUUUAUGACUACUUUAUACGAAGGAGCGUUUGGGCCGCAUUGAAAAGAAUGAUAAUUUACUUGAAAUAGUAUGGGAACAAAGCUGUCAUUUAAUGCAUGCUAGUUGCAUUUUACGAGAAUAACGUCAUAAUAUGAGCAAAGAUGUUGCCAUUUUUUAGACUGAAAUAGUAAGACUAAAGAUGAAAUGCACCAAUAGUCAUAUUGUGAAGGCAA